GCAAACGACAAUAAGCCAAAGGCAUUAGACGGGAAUCAAGCGCGAUUAAACGGGCCAGCCGAAAUUGACGCGUGUGCGAAAUUUGUCGAAAUAUUUUGGAAGCUUUAGGCAUAGCAGUUGACGAUCGCCUCUCCGCAGGAUCGGUAGUUUCUCCCUCAGGACAGGAAGAAUUUCCAAAGUUAGUUUCAUAUUAUAGCCCGCACAGCAUCCACCGCCCUCCGCCACCAAUAACCUCAACCUCAGCAGCAAAAUGCCUCAAGCAGACACCGUAUUCCAAUCGCGCUCGGAUGGCAUUUCGGCCGAAGGUGUUCGCGAUCAGUAUGCCGACGGAAAGGCGGCCAAGGUCUGGGAAAUCUUCAUCGGGGACAAAAAGUCCCGCACGGAGAACUACCGUAACUUUUUGGUGGAAAAACUGCGGGACAAUGGCUGCAAGCGCAUUCUGGACGUGGCCUGUGGAACCGGCGUGGACUCGAUCAUGCUGCUGGAGGAGGGCUUCGAGGUGGUGUCCAUCGACGCCUCCGACAAGAUGCUUAAGUACGCACUGAAGGAACGCUGGAACCGCCGCAAGGAAGUCACGUUCGACAAGUGGAUCAUUGAGGAAGCCAAUUGGCUUACGCUUUACGAUGACAUCGAGCACCUGAUUGGCGAUGGGUUUGACGCUGUGAUGUGCCUCGGAAACUCGUUUGCCCAUCUGCUGGAUAAUUAUGGAGAUCAGCGCGAGCACAUUCAAGCUAUCAGCAACUUUGAGAAGUGCGUUAAACCCGGCGGUCUGCUAUUGAUCGAUCACAGGAACUACGACAACAUCAUGGAUACGGGGGCGGCGCCGGCUAAGAGCAUCUACUACAACAGCAGCCACACGGCAGACAUCAAAACGUCGGUUCUGUACGUCGCCAGUAAGCCCACUCUGGUGACGAUGGAUUACGUCAUUAGCACCGGCAGGGGAGAUACCAGUGAAUUCCGUCUCUCCUACUAUCCCCACAAGCUGGCCGUGUUCGAGGAUAUCCUGAGGACGAUUUUCAAGGGUCACUCGGCAUACGAGAUGUACGGUGAUUUUAAAACCAUGGACAAAGUGGCUAAUCCUGCCUUCUACAUUCACGUCGUACAAAAAGGCAAAUAGACACAAUCGACGCUCGCUUGCUCUGUGGAUUGAUUCUACGGCUGUGUCAUGGCUCGAAUAUAUCCGAUAAUUAACAGAAAUAAAUGCCGACAUUGAUUAUUUGAUUGCGCUUA